AUGACUUCCUCGUUAUCAGAUUGGGUAUACACUCCAAUUAUUCAGACAGAAUGGGGCAGAUGGUGGCAAGAUUUAAAUGAUGUCCAUAUAGAGGUUAAUUUAUCCCCGGGCACAAAAUCUAAAGAUAUUAAGAUUGAUUUAACUAUCAAAAAUAUAUCAAUUGAAGUUCUCGGUAAAACUAUUAUCUCGGUGAGUUUUACUUAACAAGAUAUAUAAAUUUCAUUGAGUAGACAUGGUAUAUGAAGUCUGUUUAAAAAGGUCUAGGAUUAUUUGUAUUGCGUGCCAAUGGAGUGUUAAAGUGUAGUAGAAUUGAUAUCACUGAAUUUUGUGACUACUCCUGAACACAUCUGUUAUUGUAGGUUUUCUAUAAUCUUCUUCGUUUUAAAGCGAAUAAUGUUUUUCAUAUUUGUAUCAGAAUAAAAAAGAUUAUAGAGAAUCUACAAAACAGAUAUGCUCAAGUUACAGAAUACCAGUAUACCAGUAUACCAAUAUAGUUUAUCAAAUCUAUACUGCUCUUUUACGCUUCGAUGGCGAGUAAUUCAAACAGUACUGGAACUUUUUGAACAGAUCUCGUAUUUAUGUAUUUUUUUAACUAAGUAUAUUAUCUAAUUUAAAAAUUGUAUUUUGUAAUUAAUACAUUUAUUAUAAUGUCGAUGUGACAGGGUGCGCUGUUCAAACCGGUCAAAAGAUCCGAAUUAAUUUGGUACAUCCGAGAAGGCGGUUCAAUCCUCUACGUCAAUUUAACUAAGUUAAAUAAUUUUUCUGAAGAUGAUCAGUGGGAUAAUCUAUUACAAAAUUGUGAAUGCAAAGCAGACGGGUUAGAUUAUUUUGUCGACAUCGUAAAAAAUGUAUUGAAUUAA